UGCGUUGUGUGUGACGCCACGAGCAAAAACAAGGACCACAGACGAGUGAUGAGUAGCUAGCUCCGUUUAGGUCAGAUUCAUUUCCUUAUCAAAACAGUCGGUAGACUCGAAAGCAAAAACCGCGCGUGACAUACCUCGACAAUUUAGAUUCCACUUCGUUCAUAGUGUCGUAGUACGAAGUAUCUGAUACGAUAGCAUACGAAUGCUACCGCUAAGCAUCAGCUAGCUAACAGUUGUGAUUGACAUUUCACAUCAGUAAACAUCGCGUUAAGGCAGCUUUUUAUCAUUAAUAAUGCUAUUAAUAACGGCUUAUUCCUCCUUACCAGCGAUACCGACAGCGGCAAAUUGGUACAUUGUUGAAUAGAGAGUGCGAUUAUGGCCUUCAGUUUACAACAUGUAGCCGAAUUUUCCAAAUACAGUGUUUAAGAAACAUCGUCACUCUCCUUUGUAUUCCUUCACAAACGAACAGAAGUCCGAAGAGCAACAGUUUAUAGACACGGGAGGCUGUCAGAGUUACACUGUGUCGGACAUGGACACCCUCAUAGUCACCUUUCAGACCCAGCUUUCAGAUGUGAUGGAGACUGUGGUUAAAACAGCUAUGUUUGAGGUCACCAGGUUGGUGGAAGACGUGUUUUUGGUGGAGGUGAAGCGCAGGAACCAGGAGAUAGAGUCCCUGAGGAUGCAGCUGCAGUGGACUGAGAGGAAAUUCAGUGACCAAGCAGGGAAAGAAGGAGGACAGACUGGAAUGUGUGUUGACUGUGCAAGGCAUGGUGUGGAACUGUCCACUGACACUACAGAAGAAAGGCCUGAAGACCAUCAGGAUGAACAAGUGAGGGGCCUUAAUGUGAAGAGAGAAAGUGACACUUUUGAAAGAUGGACAGCAAGCUGCAGACCAGAAAUCACAUCAGAGCCACCACAAGAGACAGACAGCAAUGCUGCAGCUGCACAGAGUCCUGAAAAGGAGUCAGAGGCAGCACAAGAAAAGGAUGUGAGGUUAGCUGUUGCUACGAAGGAGGAAGAACUGAGUAAGCCGUCUUGUUCUUCUGUGCAUAUGGGAGGGUGGAACUGUAGUCUUGAUGAUGGACCUGGAUCAGACGAGAGUGGGACAGUUGAGGUACAACCAAAACAGACUGAAGAAAACAGUGAGGAAUUAUUGAGAAAUGUUGUGAAGAAAGACCCGCAGAUAACUGCUGGGUAUGGAUUUCCUGAAGACAGGGAGGAAACGCACCUGUCUACAGAUCGGCCACAUGUUUCAACUUUGGACAUAGAUACUAGUUGGGCAGGUCUGACUGUUGCAGCCGCUGAGUUGUUGCAGAAUCAGAGACUUGGAGCUGAAAAGGAACAUGAUCCAGUCAAAACUAAAGCAGAACAUGAGCUGUCCGACUCUGUCAGAGCAGACAUUCAGGCUACCCCAGGCAGAGAUAAGAUUUCAUCCUCAGGGUCCCCUAAGGCAAGACUAAAACACAGUGAUAUUUUAGGCCUGACUAUCAAGAAGGAAGUCAUUCUUGAUUCUGAUGGGUGCGAGGGAAGCAAGAAUAUAGAAAAGAAAAUAAACUCAGGUAUGUCAUCUUUUUCAUGUUCAGUAAAACAACACAGGGUGAGUUCAGAAGCACACAGGCCAAACCAUAUUUCUCAAAAAGCUGCUGUGCAAGAGGUUAUGAAGCUGCAUUCCAAAGCUGGUGCAGGUCUGAGAUUGCAAGCUGCUUUACAACAUCUCCACCGACCAAUGAAAAAGCCCUCUCAUAUUCUCUCGAACAGUACCGCUGCGGCACUGUCUGUCGCUCACUCUCAGGUUAUAAACUUAAGUAACCUUCACAGAAUUCCCUCCACAUCCAAAGCACCACCUCCUAUAUCCUCGGCCCAGCGAGUUCACCUGGGUGACAAACAGACUUCAACACUUAACCGAGCUGGAGACUCCUGGGUCAGCAACGGGUCCCAGCACCAUCCUGCUAACUCUCAUCACAUCAGCCCUGCCUCCCAUCCAGACUCUCAGUCUCACGCUGCUACAAGGCACCUCUUGCGCUGUGGGCAGUGUGGGAAGUGCUUCCCCCAUCCCAGUAACCUGAAGGCCCACCUGCAGACUCACACAGGUGAGCGGCCUUUCUGCUGUUCGCUCUGUGGCCGUAGUUUCACUAAGCUGAGCAACCUUAAAGCUCACCGACGCGUCCACACUGGAGAGAGACCGUACUGCUGCUUGGCCUGUGGCAAGCGCUUCACCCAGAAAUGUAACCUCAAACGCCACCAGAGGAUCCACCUGGAUGUAUGUUGAUAGACACCCAACAUACAUCUCCAUAAAAAGACAGCUUAAAUAUGUGUAUUUCUUUAAAAUUAAGAUGCUACAGAGUUAUGUUGUGUUGCAAUACAAUUUGUGAGGCUUUGCAAGACUUCUUUUUUGUAUAUUUGUCUUUUAAAGUGAUCGUCCCAAAUUAUUCUGUGCAUUCCAGAAAGGUUAUUAACAUGUAAAAGGUGUUUUAGUGUUAUUAAAGGAUGAAAAGCAAGAAUGUGUUGUGACAUUUACCAUCUGCAAUGAUAGAUUAAUUGAUAUGUUGGAUCAGUGAAUAUGCAUAUUAUCGUAUGUCAACUGCAGUUUACCUGUGAGCACACAAGCAUGUGUCAGCCAUGGGGCAGAGCCUAUAUUUAUCAGCUGUAACAUUUAUUCAAACUGGCAAACAUACUUCUAAAAAUAUAAAAUUUUUAAAAUAUAUUUUCCCUUGCAAAAUAGUAAAACUUUAAACAGAGAUCACUUAAGUUGGUUAAGAGUAGCUGCAGUAGCUAAUACUUGCAACAUCAGAUGAGGUGAGCAUAGAUCUUGUUAUACUAACUUUAUAUAAAACAAAUACUGGUCACUUAUCUCAGUUUUUUUUUUAAAAAAAAGAGGAAACUUACAUCAGAAAGAAAGGUUAUUUUUUUUGCUGCUUCCUUAUUUAUAAGGGGCUUCCACAGCGGAUGGAUCCACACAUUUGAUUUGGCACUGAUUUUUAUGCCGGAUGCUGUUCCUGACACAACCCUCUCCCAGUCUUGAACCAGGGAUAUUUCAUAUUAGGGAAAUGUGUUAACCACUGCAAUAUGGAUUACAUCAUAAAGAAAACAGUUGCCAUGAUCUAGAAGAGAAAAAUAUUUGAUUAAUUUUCACAUUUCUU